CCUCGAGCCGCUGGGGGGCCUCGUCGCGGUCCGGCUGAUCAUCACAUCCUGAAACCAGUUUCGCACCCACCACCUCGUGCUCCAAGUAAGCCUACCGCUCUCCCCCAUCCCAUAUUCCAGUCUUUGCGAACAGUGGGGUUUUUUACUUCUGCAUCUGGUGCUCCGUGGCGACGGCCCUUCUCCGUUUCUCCUUCGGCUGUUGCCUGCAAAGGAAAAUGGUCCACAUCAGAGACUUGCCCAGCGACAUCCUCCUCGAUCUGCUCUCUCGGGUCCCCGGGAGGGACCUGAUCCGCAACUGCCGGCUGGUUUGCUUGCAGUGGAGAGAUCUAGUGGACCUGGCCACGCUGUGGAAACGCAAAUGCUUGCAAGAAGGCUUUGACCCAGAAACGCCAGACCGGAGCGUCCUGGACUGGAAGAUCUUCUAUUUCCUCUGUUUUAUGAAGAGGAAUUUAAUCCAGAACCCCUGUGGUGAAGAUGGCUUCAACUUCUGGGAAAUCGAGUCGCAUGAAGGAGACAAGUGGCGGAUCGAAGAGCUGCCCGGAGCUCGGAGAAGGGACUUUCCCCGCCAUCCCGUUCCAAAAUAUUUUGUCACUUCUCAAGGGCCCAGCACGAAGCACCAGCUCAUCAGCUUAAAGGAGGAAGGCUACUGGGAUGAACUGAUGGACGAGACCAAGCCGGAUAUCGUGGUGAAGGAUUGGUUCCACUGUGGUUGCCCCUGCCGGUACCAGCUGCGCGUGAAGCUGCUGUCCGCCGACUCCAGAGUCCUCCAAGAAUUUCGCCCCAAAGACGUGAUUGUGGAGCAGUGCUCGGACAGGGAGUGGCGUGAGGUCUCCUACACGUUCCACAACUAUCCUGCUGGGGUGCGCCAUGUACUCUUUAAACACGGAGGUCAGGGUUGGUACGGCAUGCGGAUCACCAAUAGCAGCGUCACCGUCGGCCCGGAAACUGGAGAGUGACACAGAUCGCUUCAGAGAAGCCCCGCCUGAGGAGAGUUUCGGCUGUCUUUCUCUGCAGUUGUAUGCUUGCAUCUGCCAGCUAUAUCCGAUCCCUGAGCAUUGCUGGCUAAUGCAACUGGGGGGCUCCAGUGGUUAUGCGGAGGGGGGGAUAGCGGGCAGGAGGAUUUGGAAAGCUGACUCUUCAGUUGAGUCGGGGACGGGUGGUAGACCCACACAAGCCUCCUAGUGAGGUGCAGGGUGGGGGUGGAGCCCUUAACCUCCCCCACCCCCCACCCUGAGCAAGGAUUGCCUUCUUUUUGGUAAGACUCCCGUGUCGAACAGUUGUAUUGCGCUGUGUAUUGAAAUUCAGCAGGGAAAAGUUGUUGCAUUUCUG